AUGUUGAUGUUUUUUAGCGCUACUAUUUAUCAUCUCUGCCGUAUUUACCAGGUUCAAACUUCUGGUAAUGAUGCUGCAAGUUCUCACCACAGUGCAUGUACAGAGAUGCUUGGAUCAACUUCAUUCCAGGGGAAGUUUGAGGGGAAAAAUGUGAAUGAUGGGUCUAAUCUUCUGGAGGAGGAUAGACUUAAUUCUUGUCAGGAAACAACAAUGUUGUGGUUGAAUGACUAUAAAUGUUCACUCUGUGGAAUAGAACUUCCUCCAAGUUUUGUUGAGGAAAGAUUAGAGCAUUCUGAUUUCCAUUUUGCUGAGAAGCUUCAAAAGGAAGAAUCAAGUAUUCGCCAAACAUCUAUUCCGAUUCAAAGUCAGGAUCAAAAGCACCGAAUCAAUAGACAAAGCAAAUCCAAGAAGCAAAAGUUGUCGCAGAGAGAGGGCCGAUAUACGCCCAUUGAUUUUUUUUGUUAA